CCCUGGUCACAUUCAAGACUUGAAGUCUAACAGCCAAAGAUUCGUAACUUCUUUCAUUAAACAAUUCCAAUAUUUUCCAAUUCAAAUCAAAUCAAUCUCAACUAACUAUUUCUUUAUUCAAUCUUACGAUUCAAAUUUCUGCAAUCCACUUCAUCAAACGAAAUAACGAACCAUCCUUCCUUCUCCCUCACUAUCACACUAUCACUCACUCACUCACUCACUCUUUCUCUCUCCUCUCUUUAUAAUUAAACGAAUUUUGAUUCCAAUCACUGCAAUUUCACUUUAAUUUUAUUUUAAUUUCCUUCUUGAGAUCUUCACUUUACCUCCUCGAAUCUUCCUACCAUAUUUUUCUCUCUCCUCUUCCCUACUUAACUUCUUCUCCUUUCUGUUCUCCAUCCUUACUUCUUCUUCAUCUUCUCUCAUUAAUGGCAGCAGUCUAAUUUAUAGCUUUCAUUUCAAAUAUAAUUCUCUUUAGUGUUUUAAGUUUCAACAAUGGCGCUAGUUGUGUGUGUUUCCGGCGAAGAAAAGGCGAGAAAAUCGUCGUUUCGAGCAGAUUAUAAGAAGCCAUGGAUGUUAAAAGAUUACCUCGGUGGUGACGAUAUGAGCUCUUGCUCCUCUAAUGGCUUCCGAUCGUUUCCUCGCCGACAAUGUUGCGCUGCUGUGAUUCGUAACAACAGCCAUGUUAAACAACCACAGCCGAAACGAAUGUUUCUUAGAAACCGCAGCUAUUCUUCUGCGCUUCGAAGAGCAUCAAUGGCGGUUAUUAACGUCGUUAAACUUCUUCCGUUUAAUUCUCCGGCGAAAUCGUCGGCAAAUUCCGGCGAAAGUAAGAGGUUGCUUUCUAGAAACUUCUCGAAGAAGCUAUUUAGGAGAAGCUUCUUCUGGAAGAAAGAGAAAAAUGAUGUGGUAGAUAAUGUGAUAGUGAAAAACAAGAAGAAAAUGAAGGUUGAUCAUGUUGAUGAGAUCGAACGGUGGAUAUCGUCUGGUGUGGUUGGGAAGGAGAAAUAUCAGCCGUUGGAUUUAUCGAAUGAUACGACGAUUACUAUUAAUGCUUCUACGAGAAGUAUUAGUAAUAGUGACGGUAAAAGUGAUAGUAGUUGGUCUGAUAUUACUUUUACCUCCGAUUCUAGUGAAAACGACGUCGUGGAGAGGAGAGAGAAAAUUCAGGAGGUGGUUAGCAAGAGAGUUGGCGUCAUAGUCGGUGGUGGUAUUGAGGAUUCCGUUAAACCGGUAGUUGCUAAGGAAAAUAUGUGGUUCAAUGAGGAGGCUGAAAAGGAACAAUCAAGUCCAGUUUCUGUCUUGGAUUUCCCAUACAACGAUGAAGGAGGCUCCUCACCUUUCACCCUCAAAGCAUCAAGGUUAAAAGGAACUAAUGAAAGGCUUCUGAAAAAGCUCGGGAGAUUUGAAUGUUUAGCAGGUUUAGAACCUGUUAAUCUUGAGAGCUUAAUGUCAUCAACAAAGAUUGAAGAUCGAACACCUAUGUAUUCUAUUCAACCUUGCUCAACACCGAGCUAUAUCUUGUCUAGUUCAAGCGAAGACGAAGAUGAAGAAGAAGAAGAAGAAGAAGAAGAAAGCCAUGAAAGCGAAGUUGAAAAACUUGCACAACACCUACUUAACAUUACAAAGGCCAAACUACCAUCCAAAAUCAACUGCAAUAUUGAGCUUGAAAAUGUAAUACUAGAUUUCUUCCUAGAAAAUGUUACACAAAAGGCAAAUGAUACCUUAUUGAAAGCUGCUGAAGAUUGGAUAAAUGGGCAUUAUGACAAAUUAAUAUUAGGGUGGGAAGUUAAGGAUAAAAGGCAAGUGUACAUUAAGGACAUGGAAGAGGGAGGUUGGUGGCCAAGAGAUACUAAAUUAGAAAGGGAAGAAAUUGCAUCUAAGCUUGGAGAUGAGGUUUUUGCACACUUAUUUGAAGAACUUUUUGUUGAAUUUUGCUCUUUUUAGCUAGUCUAGUAGGUCUAAUACAAUAGUAUUAGUACUACUAUGUGUGAAUAUUUACAUAGAGGGAGGGCUUGUUAUGGUAAAUUAGUCUUGAAUAAGAUAGAUAGAGAUAGCUAUAAUAAAGUAGUUGAUCGUGGUUUUAUGUAUGUUAGGUUCUUCCUUUUUCUUUAUCUCGAGAAAAAGGGUGAAGAAAUUUUGGAUUUUAAUAGAAAAACUUUGACCAUAUUUCUUGUCUAAUUUUUGUGAUUUUAGUGGUUGUACUUGUAGUAUUAUGCUACUUACAUUUAGAGUUUG